CGUUGACGUGAGUUUGAAUCCUCCGGCCGCUGGUGCCGCAGAGAGCGGAGACUCCCGGCCGCUGUGGCCGCUGUCGGACGCUCCGCUGUCGGUGAGAGAGGAGCGCGGAGCCGCCGUGGCGCGUACGUGUAACUGGCCAUGACGACGGAUCCAGGCUCAGAAUCGGAGCAGUCGCACACAGAAUCCAAACGAGCGCAGACCGACGACACGCAGCGGCCGGCAUCAGGAGGCGGCCUGGACGCACAGCAGCAGGGUCAGUCAGAGGUCAGAUCGCCUCAUCAGCAGCAGCACGAGGACGACUACGUUUCCCAGAAGUCUUUGAGCAGCAGACUCUCCUGGUCAGCGCUAGGCAGGACUCAGCGACUGAAGGUCAUGGAGUGUAAGGUCAGACUGCUGGAUGGCACUGACUACACCUGCACCGUGGAGAAAAGAGCGAAAGGUCAGGUGCUGUUCGAUAAGGUUUGCGAUCACCUGAAUCUCCUGGAGAAGGACUAUUUCGGCAUUACACACCGGGACGCUGAAAACCAGAAGAACUGGCUGGACACUUCCAAAGAGAUGAAGCAGCAGAUCAUCACUGGUCCCUGGAACUUUGCCUUCAGUGUGAAGUUUUAUCCUCCCGAUCCAUCGCAGCUCUCCGAGGACAUCACCAGGUAUUACCUGUGUCUGCAGCUGAGGGACGACGUGGUUUCUGGGCGUUUGCCGUGUUCUUUCGCCACUCACAGCGUGUUGGGCUCCUACACGGUUCAGUCGGAGCUGGGUGACUAUGACUCUGAGCUGCAGGGAUCCGCUCAUCUCAGCGACAUACGUUUGGCCCCGAACCAGACCAAAGAGCUGGAGGAGAAAGUCCUGGAGCUUCACCGCAGCUGCAAAGGACCGCCAGCUAGUGCUCUGGGAGAUAUGAGGGUGACAGUAAGAGCUUCUCCACCGGGCCACGCCCCAUGGACCUCUCACUCCUUCCGCAGCGUUUGUCCUGUGCGGCUGCUGAGUGAUUCUGCUGGGCUGUCUUAUGGUGGUCCUAGCAUUUCAUUUGAUGUGCCGCCGGGGGAUCAGAUGACAAUUGCAGCAUCGGGGGAUGAACUAUUGACCUCUGUGGAUGAAGAUUCGGCAGGGCUGCCCCCCCUCGGGUGUUGUCGCCACUGCCGAAUUGGACCCAGAGUUGAUGGCCGUGCUUGCCCGGGCAGCCGAUUAAACACAACAGCAUUUAUGCAUUUGAAUGGCGUCCAGGUUGUGCGCAGCAGCUCAUAUGAUCAUAAACGAAGGAUCUCUCGCUCUGCUGUUCUGAUUGGCUGCUGCAGCCCAUCUCUCUCUCUCUCUCUCUCUCUCUCUCUCUCUCUCUCUCUCUCUCUGUCUCUCGCCCCUCCUCUGCUGGCUCAGCUGCUCGGGAGGCUGUUUGAGUGUUUAGCAGAGGUGCAGGAGGAGGAUUCGGAGGCUGUGGAGAUCAUGCUGGGAGUUUGUUCCAGCGGCCUCCUCGUCUACAGAGAUAAACUGCGCAUCAAUCGCUUCGCCUGGCCCAAAAUACUCAAGAUCUCCUACAAGAGGAACAACUUCUACAUCAAGGUGCGGCCGGGAGAGCUGGAACAGUUCGAGAGCACCAUCGGAUUUAAACUGCCCAAUCACAAAGCAGCAAAGCGACUGUGGAAAGUUUGUGUGGAGCAUCACACCUUCUUCAGGCUGGUUUCUCCUGAAGCUCCUCCCAAGCGCUUCCUGUCGUUGGGCUCAAAGUUCCGCUACAGCGGCCGAACACAAGCGCAGACUCGCCGAGUGAGCGCUCAGAUCUCACGCGCCGCGCCGCAGUUCCAGCGAUCGGCCAGCAGGCGGCACACCGUCACAGCCAGCAUGGACAGCACGCCAGCGACGGUGAGCCGUGACGACGAGAAGAACGCCAAACCCGCUGUUGCUACGGAUGACCUCAUCGCCAUGGAAACGCCGGAGAAGAAAGCAGAGGAGAUGAACUCAGUGGAGGAGGAGAAUAAAGCCAACAGUGACGAAGCAGAACAAGCCCCGCCCCCCUCCGUCACCAAGUCUUGUCUGUACUCAUCGGAUCCGUUGGGAUCUGAGCUCUCCCUCCCGUCUUCUCCCGUCUCGUCCACCAAAGUGCGCAGGAGACGCAGGGAAAGCAGCCGCAAGCGCGCCUCCUCCGUCAGUCCGGCCAAAACCACGGCGGGCUGCCGGCGCCGUCAGGCCCAAGCGGACCGUAAAGUGGCUCUUCUGGAGGAACAAGCGCUGCUUCUGUCCGCACGCAAACAGAGACUGAACCAGAGCCGCAGCAGAGGCGGCACGCUCUUCUCCUUCUCUCUGCACUUCCCCGAUCUGUCCUCGCUGCUGGAUGAGGACGGUUACCUGAGCUUCCCCGACCUCACCGAGCUGCGCUUUCUUCCCGAGAGCCUGCAUCACUUCAUGCCCAUCAAAUCUCCGUCGCUCAUCCCCUGCUUCCUCUUCAUCUUCUUCUUCCUGCUCUCCACCUCGUUCUCUGUGCCGUACGCACUCACGCUCUCCUUCCCGCUGGCGCUGUGUCUCUGCUAUCUGGAGCCCAAGGCCGCGUCGCUCGGCUCGUCUCUGGCGCAGGGCUUCCAGGACAGUUCUGACGACGAGACCGACAGCGAUCAAACCAACUUCACUUGUGAUGACGACACAUCGGCAACUGAGUCUGACUUUGAGGACAACUUUGACAUGAGGACACAGGUAUCGAGACUCUAUGGUGUUUUGAGAACACAGAAACCAGUUUAAGGUGGUUUGAUGGUCUUGUAUGAGUGAGCUGGUUAGGAUGAGAAACCAGCUAAACCAGCAAAGACCAGCAAACCUGCUUAGGCCGGUUUGAAGCCAAGAACCAUCCAUCAUCACCAUGUUUUUGCUUUUGUUUUAUUAGUCAAACGUGUCGUAACCAGUAGCAGAAACCGCUCUGAUGUGGAUUUGGUUGCUGAAAGGGUUUUACUUUAG